AUUAGAUCACAUUGUCGCAUUUAAGUCAUUUUAAAGUCAAAUAAAUAAAUAGGCCUGCAUAAUUAACAUUAAAUUGGUUACACAUUAACAUUAAAUAUGCUGCAGGGCCAUACAAGCAUCUCAAGGAAGCAAAGGUUAGCGAUGGUAUCUUGUUUGGAUUGGCAAGAACAGCAAAAGAUAUCAAAUCCUUAAAUAUUUCCGGUCAAGGGGAUGGCAUUGAAGGAGCCAUAUAUAAACCCCUACCCAUAAUGGUUCCAUGACUUUUGCGUGUCUCAGCAGCCACUCAGCAGUAUGGCAUGGUUUUUAUGUGUGUGUUUAUUCUCCGCAGUUGGGCUGGCUUUUCUGCUCUUGCAGGCAAAGCUCCGGAGGUCUCAUUUGGGCAACAGGGCCCCCCCUUGUCUGCCCUGGCUCCCGCUUAUCGGGAGCCUGUUGAGCCUGCGGAGCUCGCGCCAACCCCAUGUCCUCUUUCAGGACUUGCAGCAGAAGUACGGACAUACCUAUUCUCUCAUGAUGGGCUCACACACAGUAAUAAUAGUCAAUCACUACCGGCAUGCCAAAGAAGUGCUACUGAGAAAGGGGAAAACAUUUGCUGGGAGACCCAGAACAGUAACAACAGACAUAUUGACCAGGGAUGGUAAAGAUAUUGCCUUUGCAGACUACAGUGCCACUUGGAGAUUCCACCGCAAAAUUGUGCACGGAGCUUUAUGUAUGUUUGGAGAAGGCUCAGCCUCCAUCGAGAAAAUCAUCUGCAGACAGGCCCAGUCUCUGUGUGAAACACUGGGGGAGUCAGGAUCAGGGAGCACAGUGUUGGACAUGUCCCCAGAGCUGACGCGUGCUGUCACCAACGUGGUGUGCUCUCUCUGCUUCAGUUCCUCCUACCUCCGUGGCGACCCCGAGUUUGAGGCCAUGCUGCAGUAUAGCCAGGGCAUCGUCGAUACAGUGGCCAAGGACAGCCUGGUGGACAUCUUCCCCUGGCUACAGAUGUUUCCCAAUGCAGGCCUGCGCCUCCUUAAGCAGUGUGUGUCAAUCAGGGACAGCUUCCUCCAGAAGAAAUAUGAUGAGCACAAGGUGGACUACAGUGACCAUGUACAGAGAGACCUUCUGGACGCGCUCUUGAGGGCCAAACGCAGCGCCGAGAACAACAACACGGCUGAGAUCACCACGGAGAUGGUAGGCCUCAGCAAAGACCACCUGCUCAUGACUGUAGGCGACAUCUUUGGAGCAGGAGUGGAAACCACCACUACAGUGCUGAAAUGGGCCAUAGCCUACCUCAUCCACUAUCCACAGGUGCAGAAGCGUAUACAGGAGGAGCUGGACGGGAAGGUGGGGGGGAACAGAGCCCCCCAACUCAGCGACAGGGGUAGUCUCCCCUACCUGGAGGCCACCAUCAGAGAGGUGCUACGCAUUCGCCCCGUCGCCCCCCUACUCAUCCCUCAUGUGGCCCUCACUGAUGCCAGUAUCGGGGAGUUCACGGUGAGGAAAGGAUCCCGUGUCAUUGUCAACCUGUGGUCUCUGCAUCACGAUGAAAAAGAGUGGAAGAACCCGGAAGUGUUUGAGCCUGGUCGGUUCCUAACGAAGGACGGAACAGGUCUUCACAUCCCCUCGCCCAGCUACCUACCAUUUGGAGUGGGGGUGAGGGUGUGUUUGGGUGAGGCGCUGGCCAAAAUGGAGAUCUUCCUCUUCCUGUCCUGGAUCAUGCAGCGCUUUACCCUCACUGUACCACCUGGCCAGUCAAUGCCGAGUCUGGAAGGCAAGUUUGGGGUGGUCCUCCAGCCAAUGAAAUACAAGGUCCAUGCCACACCGAGGGCGGAUUGGUUGCAGAGCAAGCCGCUGCCCUGUUAGACACAUUGCAACGCACAUUUAAUUUCAAGCUCAUGCACACACAAAAUGGGACAUUACAUUUAGAUGAAAUAAUGAAGAAUUCAAUGUGAAAUACAUCAACAGUCUGUAAAUACAAUGCAGUGUCUAUAAUCUUAGACCUCUCUCAUAAUGCCCUAACUGGUUUUUGUUUUGUGUGUAACUCUGUACUAAUUCUGUAAAUAUUG